UGAUUAUUACAAAUCGAAAUUUAGACAAGAAAUAUACUUCAUUUCGUCCCAUAUUACACAAUUUUUCUAGAUAUUGCAUAAAAAUAAAAGCUUUCCUUUGUAAAAGGCAAAAAAAAAGUAUUUUUUUGUUUUUCCAAUGAAUAUUUUCCUACCUCUGUCAACUGUCAACAUUACAUAAACUUUUCAGGUUAAUUUGCAAUAUUUUUAUUUGUACGUGAAUUUAUAUAAACAUUAAAAUAAGAAAUGGCUUAUAAUUUGAUAAAACAAAUUGCAGAUGUAAAGUAUAUAAAACUGUUUUCAAUUUCUGGUGCUAGAUUGAUGAGCUCUACUACAAUGAUAGACCCACCAGACGAUUUAUUCACUGUUCCCAGACCGGCUUCAAGGGAAAACGAGCCAAUUGAACAGAGAAGAGCAAGGCUCUUAUACCAAUCCCGCAAACGUGGUAUGCUGGAGAAUGAUCUUCUUCUGAGUACCUUUGUUGCUAAGCAUCUAAAGGCGUUUGACAAAGAACAGUUGGAAAAAUAUGAUAGACUAAUUAAUGGACCUUCAAAUGAUUGGGAAUUGUACUAUUGGGCUACAAAUAUGAAGGAAACUCCAGAAGAAUAUAACCAUGAUGUUAUGGAUCUAUUGAAGGUGCAUUGUCAGAAUCUGCACAAGGAAUCCAGAAUUAGACAACCAGACCUUUAAAAGAGCAUUAAUUAGUAUUAAAAAUCUGUUAAUGUAUUAAAUUGUUGUAAAUAGAUCAUGUAGUUAAAAUA